AUGAUCCGGUUCGAUGCCUUCCUCCCUAAGGAAGGAAACAACAAGCAAGAAGAGUCCUUUACCAGCAGCAGCAGCCCGGGAAGCGCUGGUUCCAGUCAGAAUGGAGUCUGCCGUAUCUUCUCCUGGCUCUUUAAGUGCUGGGGUGUGGUCGAAGGGGAAAACGGCUUUUGCCAGACCCGCAGCCUGGGUGCUUCGGAUGCUGGGCACCUAAAAAGCCUUCUUGGCACCCACUUUUACCACCUGCCUGCCGAUCUCCCCAGAGACCAGCCCGAGCAUCCUCCGGCGAGGGAUGCAGGCGUCUGGCAGGGGGAGGAGGAAGAGGAGGCGGCGGCGCCUGGAAGAUCCCUAGCCCGGAGCUGCUGUGCCGCAGCUGGGAACGGCCGACGGCUCCUCCCCGGGGCUUCGGCCUUCCAGCCUCCGGCUCCUUCCAAGCGCCUGCUCUUCUGGAUCGACCUGUCCGGAAACCUUUCCUCUUGCGGGAAGGGCCGGCGGGAGCCCUCAACUUGGCCUGGGCACCAUCAGAACUCCAGACUGCUGCCUGUCUGCCCAGUUGCUGCAGAGCUGGGCUCCGCUGCCAGUGGGCCUGCAAACUCAGCUGAAUCCCCCUUUCCCCCUCGGAACAAAACCCAGUCUGCUGGCUCUUCUCAGGGUCCCCCUUGCCUCCUGUCCAGGGGCAACGUCAUGCCCUCGCGCAGCGAUUCCAGCUACUCCCUGACCGCCCGCACCUCGCACAGCUUCACUCACCUGCGCGUCCAGCGCGUCUGGCUCCAGGUCAUCCUCCUCUUGGGCUUCAUCCAGAUGAUCCUGGGCAUCCUGAUCGUCACGUUCAGCCUCCUCGUGAACACCAUCAUGCCAAGGCAGAGCAUCCGCAACUCUUGUCCCAUCUGGGCUGGGGUUCCGCUGGCGUUCUCUGGCCUGGUUGGCAUCGUGUCCUGGCGCCGCCCUUUCACCCCGGUGAUCACCUUCUUCACGCUUCUGUCAGUGCUGGGCAUCAUGCUGAGCCUGGCAGGCUCUGUCCUCUCCUGUCAACAUGCCCAGCUGGUCAGAUCCCUGGAUACCUCCUGUCACCUGUCCCAAAAGGAUGUGUGCGAGUGCUGCAUGACACGGGCUAGCUCUUCCGCGAUUCCUCGCAGUUCCUGCAUGCAUGAGGUCGUCCGCAUAUACGCAAAUCCAGACUGUCCCAAAGCCCGCCAGGCUCUCAAGGACCUGCUCUUCAGUGUUUGUGGCCUGACCAUUUUCUCCAUCCUGGUGUGCGCGCUUUCCGCCCUCAUGUGCUGCAUCCACAUCUUCUCUUUAGACAUCCUCCAUGCGCUCUCUCCUCCACGCUCCAGUUCGGUGACUUUGGACUGCACCUCUCCCCCGGACACUUUCCUGCAUAAUAUGCUGGACCUAGAAGAAUUUGUUCCCCCUGUACCGCCUCCACCAUACUACCCUCCAGAGUACACCUGUAGUUCUGAGACGGAUGCCCAAAGCAUCACUUACAACGGCUCCAUGGACAGCCCUGUGCCGCUGUACCCCACUGACUUCCCCCCCAGUUACGAGGCUGUUAUGGGACUCCACGGGGAUAGCCAGGUGACACUGUUCGAUUCGCAGUUCACGGACGUCUCGCAUGGCCCUUGCACCUGUAACCAGAUCCCUUCCGUUGUGCUCAGUGGUGAAGCCGUUUCCAUGGACAGCGGUUCCCUGGUCAUGUCAGAAAUCGUAGACAUCCCUGGCGACAGCAGCCCUUCGGAGGACUCUUGCCUGCUGGAGACGGGCGGGUCUGCGCGUUCGGUAGAUUAUGUCCUCUUCCGCUCCAUCCAGCGCAGCCGGGCCGACUACUGCUUGAGCGUGGACUGCGGGCAGUGCGGCCUGCACCCUCAGAGCCCCACUCUGCAGGGCCCUUUUGAGGAAGUGCCACAGUCACGUCUCCGGGGUGAACGCUCCUACUCCUGCUCGACACCCAGCACAGGCUGUGAGGGCUUGCCAGAAGCGGGCGGUGCCCUGACUCACAGUUGCCAUCGCUUGGAAGGCCUGGGCCACAGCAUAGGACCCUGCUUCCCCGAGGUGCGGGUUAAGGCCAAGAGCUCGCUCCCGGGACGCAAAGGCCCCGAGCGGCGGCAGCGCCGGAGCAGCGAGGUUUCCUUCCGGCUGCCUCCGGCCUGCUGUCCCCUGCUGCGGUCUCACAGCGAUCCUGGAAUUACCUCAGCCAGUGAUACCAGUGACUUCCAGGAAGUGUUCUGCGCCAAAGCUUUGGAGGACGACCUGUCGAAUUCCUCUGAUACAGGGCCAAACUUGGAGGGUUGCCUUCUCCAUCCAUUGGGCCGUGAGCCACCCUCGCUCUCACGAGGUCACCUGUUGGGCAAGGCGAAGCUGGAAGUCCCCUGGAAGGUCACGCAGCACCUGCCCAAGACGGCCACCGGCUCUCUGGGAGACCUAAAGGUGUGCCGUGGGACCCGGGGUUUCAUGGCCCGCUUUCUGCACAGGUCCAAGCGUAAUCUGGCUUCUCUGGGAGUGGAGACGGCAGGGCAUGGUGCCCAGAGCUGCAAACAGGUGCCAAGGUUGGGGGCUGAACGGUCCUCUCCGGAGGGGAUUCACCUACAGAGCUGCGGGGACCUAAGCUCUACCUCAUCCUUGCGUCGCCUGCUAUCAGCCCGCCGGUUGGAGCGCAGGCGUCCCCGAAGCCUCAGUGGACUCGUCAGAGAGAGCAACCUCUAAGAGGCAUUGAACGGGCCUGUUCUCCUGCCUUCUAUGAUGACAUCUUUGUG